CACCGGACGGCGUGAGGUUUGGACAAAUAAGCCAAGUUAACCUCCGGCUCUUCACAGGUUCUUGCUAACGUAGCAUUAGCAGUCUGAGGACGCAGGACCCAGGACUCAUCAAACUUAAUCCCAAUAAAUAAGAGAGUUGCAAAAAAGGUUCCUGUCCAUAAUCCCUGACCAAAAGAUGCCCGCUGGUGUGUCUUGGCCAAGAUACCUGAAAAUGUUUGGGGCCAGCGUAUUGUCCAUGUUUGCUGGUGCCGAGGUCGUCCAUCGGUAUUAUCAACCAGAUUUGACUAUUCCAGAGGUUCCCCCACAGCCUGGAGAACUGCAGACAGAACUUCUUGGGCUGAAAGCAAGGCAGGCAGCCUCAGAGAAACACUGAUGUCACUUUUUAUAUUUAAUUGUAUAUACACACUGAAUAUUGUAUAUUGUAAACAUUAUGCAGACAACUUUUGAAUCCACUUGUGAAUUUGUAUAAUGCUAGAAUAAAGUUAUUUGUACUUUGU